AUGCCUUCAUUGCGACCUUAUGGAACGGAUAUCCAGGAGCAGCAAACCAUUUCUGGAAUGACUUACGAGGAUCCACAGUUUGGUGUCAACCCUGAAUCCGAAUAUGGAACCCUGGCAACUUAUGCCGAGUUUGACAGGAAGAGCCAGAAGUACGAUGAGGUGGCGAAGAAAUACGUUGGAAAGUUCCCUACGCUGAAUGGCUGGAACCGUGGCUACUAUGAGCGGCUUGCCGAUACGAUUCGUCGCGGUGCACCUUUAAGCGUUGAACCUCUCACUUCACGGCACGGAAUACGCUUAAUGGAGCUUGCCCGCGAGUCCCACAAUGAAGGAAGAACGGUUCCAUGGUCUUAA